AUGGCGUCCGUGACAUCCCUCGGGGUGCAUGAGCCAGCCGGACUGCGCUUUGCAAUCGCCGAGGGGCUGCUGCCGCCCAACCCCUCGCCCGACCUCUACGAGUGGAAGAUCUUCUCAGACGAAAACGGUGAGGAUGAGCUGCUUAGCACAGAGACCUGCGCCAUCUGGUCGCGCGGCGGCGAGGUCGGCCGGUGCCUUCGCUUCGACAUGGAGAAGGAGCCGAUCUCGACCGCCCUGCUGGCCUACUUCCCCACCAGCGAGGAUGACGUCCAGAAUGCCGGGCAGUUGUCCAGCUUGUCAAACGCUGCUCCCAAAUCCCACCACAAGACAUCACCGCACAGCAAACGGGAGCCUCCGCCGCUGGCCAAAGCCCUCGUCGUGUUCCUCAAGACCCAGGCACACGUCAUGUCCUUCUCCGGCGGCGACCAUGUGCUGCACAUGCCCUUUGAGGUCGACUCGGCCAUUGCAGCGCCUUGCGGCGUCAUCAUCCAGCGCAAGUCCAAGGUCGACACCACUGUGCCCAUGACACUCAAGUUCCCCCGUGCGCCGCCGAACUCGUUCGUGUCGUCACAGAUCCUGCCUCGCUCAAGUGUGGCCACCGCCUCCAGCACCACCCCGGCCGCCUCCUCGCAGACUUUCUCCACCGCCGCACUGGGCAAGCCCAAGCCCUUGCCGCUCCGCCUCAGCUCUACACUCGAAACAAUGUGGGACACGCCGCUCGAAGCAAGCAGCGACUCGGGGUGGCCACGGCUGGUGUGCCUCACAGACCCUAUGUCGGAGAUUGGCCUGGUUGUGACGCAGCCGGACAAGUCCGGCAAAGACCGCUAUCCGAAGAGCAGCACCUCCAAAACCCCAUUUCUCGACCCGGCCGAGGAAAUUCUACACAUUGAGACCAUCCGGCAGGGCAGCAAACCUCUCGGUGCCAGCCAGGGUGGCGGCAACCCGCGCGACAACCUCAUCCUCGCCGUCACGGUGAACCGAGAAACCAGCAUGUACAGCGUGUGGCGGAUGACAUACCUGAGCGGCGAGGACCAGCUCGCGCGCCAGCGGCGAGCACCGAAAACAAAAUCCGGCACACACAGCAACAACAACCGGCGGCGUACCUCGGUCGCACCCGGCCUUGCAAGUGGGGCCACGACACCCCACCACCCAAGCUUCCGCGAAAGCGCGGGCGCAGCACUUCCCUUGAAGCGGACAAGGAAAAGCGAGCGUCUCGAGAAGGGCGACACUGCGGCGCUGGAGAAGGCGCUGUCGAUCGAGGCAAGUAGAGCCACAGAGGUGUCCCGGCGCCAGUCCCGUCGUGUUAGCUCCUUGUUGGCUCGUGCCGAUCUUUCAGCAUCCCAUGAGCGGCCACUCUUUACAGAGCAGCCGGGGGUGCCAUCCACGGGCGGGCGACGAGUCGACUCCCACGGCAUGCAACGUGGCCGCCAUAGCUCAGGCUACGGCCUGGGCGGCGCAAAUCUACAGUUCAACCAAACACUGAACAGCCUGCACGAGGCGGAUGGCGUGUUGGAAGAGCUGCGUCUGGGCGGUGAUUUUGAAGGCUUCCACAACAUGGGCCUCGACGACACCGAAUUUGAGGGCCUCUCCAAGGAAAUUCUCUUUACCAAGAUCCACAGCAUGUCCAUGGACACGACCAACCUGCGGUACUCCAUGUCCAACAAGCCAGCGACACAGCUGUGCAAGGUUUUUAUUAUUGUCGGCACGCCGUACUCGGUCGAUGAGCAGGACCGUAACUAUCUCCUCGUGUGCAUUCAGGACGCUAUUGACAAGCGCCUUCAGCUCCUGACUCUCCACGUCCAAAUGCGAGACGACGCAGCCACGAGCACACCGAGUGCCGCCGCCACAUCCAUUACCUGGGGGCAGCAUAGACGUGCGCAAAACGUUGCCGACUCGUGCAUGAUCUAUGAUGGUGACCAGGCCAUGAUUUUUAUUCUGUCCGAGGGCGACCAAGGCCACCGUCAGCUGAGCAUCCAGGCGCCGUGGAGCGAGCUCACGACCAUCGCCAUCCCCCCUCUGUCACUUCACAAUCGCAACAACUACGCCUCUGCUGAGACCGGCGACAGCGCGGACAGCAUUUUCCAAACAGCCAGAGCCGGCACCUUUGGUGUUUCCAUUGGAAAACUGAGCCGGCCACGCGGCAAAGGCGUGGUUGACGUGAUAGACGACAACGGGCAGUCGUAUCAGGUCCAGAUCCAGCUCGAGCCAAAAUCGGACCGGGUACGUCAAAUCCUAAACUGUCUACGCAGCGUCCUCCCCGCCUCGCACGCAGAGAAAAUGGUCCUUGGCUGGUGGCAGGUCAUGCAGUGGCUUGCAACCCAGCCAAGCGUCGCGUCCAAGAACCGAGAAUGGACAGCCCUGGUCACGGAAUUAUGCGUCAUCUUCUCUGCCGCACUGUACCCGGGCCGCCAAACAUCGACCUCGUCUCUCACCACCAUCUCUAGCAACCGCCGUGGAGCGUCCUCUACUACUCUCGGCAAUCAAGCAUGGGCCAAAUCAAAAGCUUGGAACUGGAUAUCAGAUGUCCCGGGCCUCGCUUCUGGCAACGUCGGUGGCAACCCGCAAAACGAGGGUCUCAGCGGCUCAAGUGGCCCACUGGCCGAACACGUCCGCCUUGUGGAAGCAUUCAUGGCUUCCGAGGCCGGCGUCCAAGCCGUUGGCCAAGCAGGAUAUCUGCCGACGGCACUGUCCGUAUCCGAGACAGCGAGGAAGAAAGCCGUCUGGGGCAUCACCAUGGCGCUGCAUCUUCUCCUCGAGGAAGACAAGCUGGACAUUAUGGCGGCUAAAAGUGGCAGCUCAGCCUCUACGGAUCUCAAGGCCAUUGUCUACCAAAUGUGCUUGUGGCUCAACUGGCCAGCUUUUGCAGCAUGGUAUGCGGUCGAGCUACCUGGUGUCAUACCCCAGCAUGACAUUGGGACUCCCCUCUUAAGUAUCCCAGAGCCAGAAACCAUACCUAAUAUCUCGGACUGGGUCCGGCUGCGGCUGAUUGGCGCCCAAUCCUACGUGUUCCCUUCGCUGCGGGACGUCUUUGCUGUCCUCGCACAGCACAUCCAAAAGGAUGCGAUCCGAGGCGAUGCUGUCUGGAACGAGAUCACGCCACGGACACUCAUGUUCCGCCGCUUCUUUGAAUCGACAAGCCCGGCCGACUCCAGCGCGCGCGUGGUCGAGGCCAUGCACGAGUGUGGCUUCACGCUCGGCAUCCUCGACUCGCUCCCCGAGGGCAUGGCCACGCCGUUCCAGGAUGCCAUUGCGCGCUGCCAGCAGCGCCCACCAAGCCACUGGACAAAGGAACUUUACGAGCUGGUCGGUCGUGGCGAUGUGACGACGGUCCUGAAGAACGACUCGCAAGCUGCGCUCGGCGUGAGCAGCCUGCUGGCUCUGCACAGAAUGGCGCCCAACUACAACUCUCAGGACGUGGACGAUACCAAGGAGGACAUGGCCAUUCAGGCGACCGAGGAACCGGAAAGCGAGGAGCGCCAGGUCGUCAUCCAAGCCCUCUUCCGCGACGACAAGCGUCUUAUCGAGGCGCAGAACCUGCUCUCGUCGUCCAAACCACGCGUCGUACGUCUCAACCCGGAGCCUCAGUGGUCGGAGCCCGAGUACCUCGAACGCCAAAAGGAGCUCGUGACGACGAUUGCGACCAGCACACUGGCCACCUCAGCCGGUCGUGGCAUGCUCAACUACGGCUUCCGGUUCCCCCUCCUGACACAGAAAUUCAACGUGCAGGGCUUCAACCUCACGUGCAUUGUGAAGCCAAACAAUGUGGCCGUUGGCGUCGACAAGGCCAUGUUUACCGAGGAAAGGGUCAACUGGGCGUUCUUCCACCAGGGCGUGGCCUAUGGAUUGGCCAUCUCGGCGCGUGCCAAGGGCAUCGACACUUCGUGGAUCGUCUUCAACAAGCCGGGCACGGACCUCAGCCACCGCCAUGCUGGCUUCCUGCUGGCGCUCGGCCUCAACGGGCAUCUCAAGUCGGUUGCCAAGUGGGUGGCGUUCAAGUACCUGACCCCCAAGCACAUGAUGACGUCCAUUGGCCUGCUCCUGGGCUUGGCCGUGUCGCACCUGGGCACCAUGGACUCGCUCAUCACCCGGCUGCUCUCGGUCCAUGUUACACGCAUGCUUCCGCGCGGCGCGGCCGAGCUGAACUUGUCGCACCAAAUCCAGACGACGGGCAUCAUGGGCAUCGGGCUGCUGUACUACAACAGCCAGCAUCGGCGCAUGAGCGAGAUUAUGAUGUCGGAGAUUGCAUACAUGGAGGACGAGGACGAGGAGGACCCUCUGCGCAAUGAGGGCUACCGUCUCGCAGCCGCAUUUGCUCUCGGCUUCAUCAACUUGGGCCGUGGCAACGACCGCAAGGGUCUGCUCGACAUGCAGAUUACGGAGCAGCUGCUCAGCUUGUCGUCGUCUACGAAAAAGGUCGAGCUGGUGAACGUGCUGGACCGCUCCGCGGCCGCGGCCACGGUCGCCAUUGCCCUCAUGUACAUGAAGUCGGAGGACCCGAUUGUGGCGCGCAAGAUCGAUAUCCCCGACUCCGUGCUGCAAUACGAUUACGUCCGGCCCGACAUUCUGCUGCUGCGCACCCUCGCCAAGAACCUCAUACUUUGGAGCCAGAUCGAGGCCACGUUCGACUGGGUGCGUCAGAGCCUGCCGGCCGAAUACCGCGGCAAGCCCCUGCUGGCGCACGUGCAGACGCUCAGCAGUCUGGACCUGCCGCUGUUCGCCAUCCUGGCAGGUCUCUGCUUUGCCGCCGCGCUGCGGUUUGCGGGCUCGGGAAACGUGCGCGUGCGCGACGUGCUCGUGCACUACCUCGACCGCUUCCGUACGAUUGUGCAGGACUUGCCCGCAACGACGUUCGACGCCCAGAUGGCACGCAGCGGCGCGCGCAUGUGCCUCGAUGUUCUGGCUCUGUCGAGUGCGACGGUUAUGGCGGGCACCGGCGACCUGGUCGUCCUGCGGCGGCUGCGUGCGCUGCACGGCGGAGACGACGCGCACACGACGUACGGCAGCCAUCUGGCGGCACAUCUCGCCAUUGGCACGUUGUUUCUGGGGUCCGGCACGACGACGUUUGGCAACAGCAACUUGGCUGUGGCGGCGCUGCUUGUGGCCUUUUACCCCAUCUUCCCCAAGAGCAUCCAAGACAACGGCUCCCACCUGCAAGCGUUCCGGCACUUUUGGGUGCUGGCUACGGAGCCCCGCUGCCUCGUGACCAAGGACAUGGCCACGGGCCAACCCAUCUCGGUGCCGAUUCUCAUCUACCUGCGCCCCUCGGCGCUCUCGCUGAACCGCCCGUCUGCAUCGGGGGCGCCGUCGACGGCGCCGCCCAGCGAGACGAUUCUGCGCCGACAGACGCCGUGUCUGCUGCCGCCACUCGACGACAUCUUGACGAUCCGCACCGAUGCCUCGGCGCAAGGCUUCUGGGACCUGGAGGUCGCCUUUGCAAAGGAUCCCUCGCUCAAGGCCGCCUUCCAGGCCGACCAGAAUUUGUACUUGCGCCGCCGGCCCGCGCACCAAAACGCGUUUUCCACGACGCUGCAAGCAUUGGCCAACGCGCCCUCCACAUCGUCCGCCACGUCGCGCAACCUGUUCCGCGCGCUCAGCAGCCAGGGCAUCAGCGACCCGGUCGAGUGGAUCCUGCGUCUCGACCUGUUCAAGGGCCUGAGCCGCGCCGAGUGCGCACUGUUGCUGGGUACGGCGGGUGCCAGCGCAGACGGUGCGGCCGAUGGCAGCAGCCGCGGUGGCGGCGGUGGCAGUGGUGGCAGCAGUGGUAGCGGUGGCGGCGGAGGCGGCGCGGUCAGCGGCAGCCGCGCACUCAGCAGCACCAUCGAUGCGCGCCUGGCCCUCGAGCGCGGUCUGGGCGCGACGUGGGGCCGCGACGUCCUGCUGGACCUCCGGCUGCUCUUUGACUGGGCGGACCAGAGAGAGCGGCUGCGCAAGGCGGACGGCGAGACCCGUGGGGCGGACGACAAGAACGCGGGCACGUCGGUAUCUGACAAUGACAUGCCGCCGCCGUGGACGAGCAAACUGGACGGGAACAUGGACUGGUGGAUGAGCGACCGAGCGGUGGACAUGCUCAAGGGCAAAGUGUGGCUCAUUGGGCAGGACGGAGACGAGCACGAGUAG